GUUCUCAUCCCGUAUCCUCCAAAUGAAGAUUUUAUUGAUAGGCCUGAAAUCCAAAAUGAGAUGAGGCGGCAGUUCGGCCUAGGCGAAUAUCAAGGGCCAUCUCAGCCGCGUAGAAGGGUUUCACUUUGUGGCCUUGGUGGCAACGGGUAUAUGAAUCCAGAUGUCUCGAUAUUCUGGGUUCAUGCUAGCAAUACCCAUCGCUUUCGGGAGUCUUAUACUAACAUUGCUAAAGCUUGCAAUGUUCCUGGAAUCAAUGACCCUGAAGCAAAUGUUUUGUUAAUCGUUAAACAAUGGCUUGAAGCACAGCAUCAAUCUCGGUGGCUUCUGAUAAUUGACAAUGCCGACGACAGUGAGCUGUUUGUCUCUGAAGGAAAAAAUACCGUUGAUGAUACAGAAACAGAAUUUGAUUCCGAAGACGACAAGCUGGUUCAUUAUGUGCCGGAUUGCCAUCAAGGAUGUAUGCUGCUUUCUACGACGAGAAACAUGAAUGCAGCAGUCGACCUAUGCCGAGGAGGGGACCCUAUUCAAGUCCCCAGCAUGACUUCCAACGAGGCCUACCAGCUUCUGAGAGCCAUUUUACCAGCCGAAAUCUCCGCAACAGACGCAUCUACUCUCUCCUCCAGGCUCGACCAUUUGCCGCUCGCCCUUGCGCAAGCGGCAUCAUUUAUAAAAAAGAGGCGCAUAACUGUACGCAACUAUGUCGAUCGCUUAGAUGAAGGAGACUCUGAGUUCGUUGAUAUGUUGAAUGAACCAUUUCAAACUGAGGGCAGAGACCUCAGGGCGCCACACGCAGUUACGGCAACCUGGAUCAUUUCCUUUGAACAAAUCGAGCGAAUCGACAAGAUUGCAAGCGACAUCUUGUCUUUUUUAGGUGUCUUGCAUUUCCAGGCCAUUCCGAAAAUACUUGUUGAACAUUACUACCGUGAGCUAUGCCCAAAUGAGAAUGAAAACAGCACUUCAUCUGCUUUGUUAGAAGCAUUAGAUCUCCUCAGGUCAUUCUCUUUUAUAUCUGAGGGAACAGACCAAGAUCUCAAUAUGCACCGUCUUGUGCAGCUAGUGAUACACAAGUGGCUCAUUUCCAAGAAACAAAUGGCUGAAUACGCUCGGUAUGCAAUGAUGGUCAUAUCCAAGCUGUUGCCAACCAAGCUGUUGCCAACCGAAGAUUUUGGAACAUUGUUAAGAUAUCUUCCUCAUGCAAACUCUGUUCUUGGAAAAGCAGGAUCUGACUUGAACAAUGAUGACCUGUAUGCAGCCAGCACUAUAUAUCUCCUUGGAAUAAUAUAUCUAGAUCAAGAUCGCUCCGAAGAGGCGGAAGACUUGAUCUCAUAUGCAUUCGAGCGAAGAAAGCUAGUAUUAGGGGAAUUUCAUAUCGACACACUUGAGAGCAUGAGGGCCCUGUCAAAAGUAUAUCGCCACCAAAAUCGGAUUGAAGAAGCAAAAAGAUUAGAGGCGCAAACGCUUGAGUUUAGAAAUAUUGUUUUGGGAGACCAGCACCCAUCCACGCUAAUGAGUUUGCAUGAUCGUGCGAACAUGUACUGCUCUGAAGGCAAGUUCAAAAUAGCGAAAGACUUGGUGACACGAAUACUCAAAAUACAACAAGGGAUACUAAGGGCCCACCACCCGAAUAUCAUUUCAACCAUGAUGUUACUUGCUCGUAUUCGGAAACAAAUGGGGAAAAUAGAUAAAGCGAUUGGCCUAAUGGAGAGCUGUCUGUCAGCGACUGAGGCAGAAUUGGGACAAGACCAUACAACUACGGUAGAUAUCUUGUCAACUUUAGAGCGGUGGCGGAAAGAGGCUGAAAUUUCCGCACCCGCUUCACAAUGCCCAACUUCUUCGAGAAGUAGCUUGCAGAAUCGCCAGAGAAGGAGGUGGAGGGCUCGACAUAGGAAUAUAGGGAGAGAGACGGAGAGGAAGAGAGAGAGGAAGAGAGAGUUGGAGUGGAAAGGCACCACAAGAUACAUGUAG